AUGGCUUCUAAUGACAGAGAAUCAACAGUCGUACCGGGUGCCGAAGUCAUUAGACUCCUAGAAGAGAUCAAAAAGCUGCUGAAGACCAGAAACCAUCAGCUGGAAAGUUCUUCUGUUCCUGCUCUAGAACAGCCCUCUUCUGCAUUGAACAAAGCUGUAGAGACAUCGGUAAGCCAAGAUCAGAGUACUACGUCCGGAGCUCAGCCUUCUGGUAAUGACAAUAGCACCCAGAGCUCCAUUGACAUUCUUGGGCUCAAGAAUAGUUCGCGCCCUAAUGGUCCGGACAGAACCAAGUAUUACGAAAUUCAUCCAGAUUCCAGGGGAGCCAAGGCUGACCGCGGGACCGAGUUGGAACUAUUGUGA